AGCUUGCAAAUAUCAUUCCCUAAUGUUAUAGGAAUAGAAUAACUCAACUGUCAGCUCCUCUAACCCUAAGUCACUCCUCCUCCCUUCCUACGCUUCUCGCCACUCGCCACUGCCCACUAGUCAUCGCGGCGAGAAUUGGAUUCUCGCUGGCCGCUGCUGCGUGCUUUUUUUCGAUUUCUUUGCUGAUACAACCUGUGAGGAAGGUUGGAAAGGUUGUAUACGUUCAACUCCCCUGACCACACCUAGGAGGGAGCUAAUUAAUGGACAGUUGAUCGAUAGUCAACUACAAAGAGCAGACUGCUGUAAACAUGCCUAAAAAGAGGUCUUCGAAAUCAUCCGUUGGGUUAAAAGAAGAACCCAAUGCUGCUAAUAAAUCAAAAAAAGAACCCAAUUCGGCUCUUGAAAACCCAUCUACUAAUUCAAAAAAGAUUGAUGAAAUCGAUCAAAUCUUUGCAAGCCAAAAGAGAAAGAAGACCGAAAAAGAAAAGGCUGAAAACUCUAGCAAGAUAAAUGAAAAAUCAAAGAAGAUAAAGAAAAAGAAGAUCCCAAAAGAUAGUGAAGUGUUUAACUCUAAUUCCAAGCCUCGAAGGCGGACAAACAAUGGGCUUCCUAUAUAUUCAGAAGAAGAGUUGGGGAUCAACAAUCAAGAUGGAGGCGACACUGCUCUUUGCCCGUUUGAUUGUUCUUGUUGCUUCUAAUAACUUGCUCUUGAGAAUUUGCUCUUUGGUUGCUCUGUUCUUAGAAGUUUUCUUCUAUUUUGUAUCUUCUUGCUAUUUUUGAUUAGGUGGUUUCUGAAGAAACCGAAAAUUAAUGACUUAGCCUAAAUUUUAUCCAUUGCUAAAUUAUUUCCAUUGCAGGGAAUUCAAAAGAAUGGUUUUUUUGUCACAAUUGCUUAUUUUUGAGUUGUCUUAUGGAUCAUGUCAAAAAUUGGUGAUUGUAAACUAUGUUUGAUCUCUAAUCUUGUCACUGAUAGAAUGUGUAUGGAA